CGGCACCUACCCAGAAUAAAUGUCUACUACUAGUGAAUUCAAUGCUCGCCACACUAUUUUAAUCAUGGCCUCUUUAUAGCUUCCGACCAGCCUCCCACAUCAUCGUCCCGAUCAGCAAUGGCGUCCAGCUCCAUGGAGACCACGCCGCUAAUCUCAUCCAUGUCCCAUGCCUCCACCCCAAGCAAACCGAUACCACCAAAAGCCCAGCGCACCGUAACGUUCAAUCCUACCGUCACUUCGAGUAGUCCUAAGCAGCCUGCACCGCUCAGAGCCCACUCGCAUUACGGCUCUACCUCCGCGAUGCAGCAGGUUCCAUCCAGCUAUGGCGGCCAACCAAUGCUAUCAACUCUCAACAACAAGCUAAGGAGGAGGAACAGCUCAGGUGCACCGACUGCUCCACCAAGCAUACCUGCGCCGAAAAUCGGCCCUCAAAGAACUACAAGAACUGCGCAGAAGCUCAAGCUCUUGCCGGAUCCCGAAGAAGGUGUAGAGGGACCGGACGAGGAGAGUGGCCGCGAUGUCUACGUUCAGUACACUCGGAUAAAGGAUCCUACUGCGAGGCGGGAUGCUGCACGACUGGGCAAAGCAGAUCGGGAACGGCUACCUCGAGUUACGGCGUACUGCACAGCAGCAUCGUACAAAAUGGACGACCUCAUGAGAUUUCUGAAAGGCAAAAUGCGACUAAGAGGCACCCUUGCCAAGCGCUUUGACGAAUGCAUAUAUUCUCCGUACAACUAUGGGAAGCGAGGCCCGGAACAGGUGACAAGCACCAGCGUUCAGGACGGAUACUCCGAAGACCGACCCCGGCGGUUCUCGGAUAGUGCGAUCGAAGUCGAAGCCCAAAGUGAAAGGCGGAGAGAGAACUUGAUAGAUCUGCAUACGGACAGGCAAGACACAUCUUUGGGGAAUGGAGAGGGCUCUGUACGCCCUCGUCGACCCUCGCAGGUGCAUGCGGAUUCGGAUCCAUCUCUGGAGACGGCUGACUUCGACACUCAAGUCCACACCCCUGAAGUGUUUCUGUUCGAGUAUGGCACGGUUGUCAUCUGGGGAAUGUCGCUGGCGGAGGAGCGCCGGUUUCUGAAAGAGAUUGCGAAGUUCGAGGUGGACAAACUUGGCAAAGACGAGAUUGAAACGGAAGAAUUCAAUUUCUACUAUACUCGAGAAUACCAGGCUCGGAUAUACAACGACUUCAUCAGCUUAAGGGAUAAGAAGAAUUACAUGACCAAGCUUGCGAUUAGCCACGCCUUAUCUCAGAGUGUCAAAACGUCACUUUUCGAAGACCUGGUAGACAACACCAUCGAUGAGACGAAGGAUAUUCCUGCUCAGAUUGCUAGUUCGGGAAAGAUCAACCUCAACAAGAAGCAAAUCAACAUGCAGAUUGGCGAGCUGUUCAUUCUCCGUAUCAGCAUACACCUCCAAGGAUCAGUGCUCGAUGCACCAGAGCUGAUGUGGGCGGAACCGCAAUUGGACCCCGUGUACCAGGCCGUGCGGAGUUACCUGGAGAUGGACCAAAGAGUUGGACUUCUAACAGAGCGGCUGAACGUUAUUGGGGAUCUCCUCGCCGUGCUCAAAGAUCAGCUGACAGUAACACAUGGCGAAUUGCUUGAAUGGAUCGUCAUCAUCCUCAUCUUUGCGGAGGUCGUGGUAGCAGCCGUCAACAUCUUUGUCGAUCUAAAUGCAGCAGGCGAUUAAUAACCAAAUCAUCGGUCCUCUCCUUUGUAUAUAUGUAUGUCUCAUUCUCUCUUCUUGUAUCAUAUCUAUGGAUUAGAAGGACAUUGGAUUAAUGUGUCAACCCUAUAAGUUAGGUAGGUAGGCGCACUGGUGUCGACAACAAUUACAUUGGUAUGGUUUGGCAUUGUUUUCUUCGCAUGUUCGAACGCGAACAGCUAGGCGGUUGAGCUGUUUAAGGAGGUUGAGACAGCAACUGGGGUGCUCACGUAGACAGGCAGCAAGAAAGUGGAGAGGAAGUAGUCGUUGGAGGGAGAGCCAGGAGUCAUGUAGAGUAAUAAUUUAGGAGUGUG